AUGGUGGCGACGGGAGUGUUUCUGGCGGUGGUGCAGGACGUCUUGGUGACGCUACGCAACACGACGGUGUUUGUGCUGACUUCGGCUGGCUUAGACACGCCGAAAUUGCUGCGAUUUGAGGUCUUGCAGGGCGCUGACGGUGUUUCGGAGACUGUCGACGACGAUGAUGAAGCCAAUUCGUCAAAGAAGAAGCAGGCCACGCAGCCUGCGCCGCCGGCCAACCGCAUCACAAGCGUGGAAUUAUUUCAACCGCAGGGAUCGGAUCUCUUAGCUUUGCUUCUGCUCGUGGAUGAGCGACGCCUGGUCCACUACGAGCUGAACCUGUCGGCCGAGACUCUGGUCCUCAAGGCUGCGCGCUCUGUGCCUCGUAGCGCUACGUGCAUGACUGUAGGCCACUUGCAACUACCCACUGGAGAGACCAAAUACGUAGCUAUCGUAGGCCAGAAGACAGGCGAGGCUGUGGCCGUGCCCUUCCCGGACGUAGACCGUGAUCUCAAGACGCUACUGGGCCACACCACGUCCAUGGUCACUCACGUGGCUGUCAACCACGAUUCGUCGCUACUACUUACAGCCGAUCGUGACGAGAAGCUGCGUGUGUCGAGGUUCCCGAACGCCGCAAUCAUUGAAAGCUACUGCUUGGGCCACGCAGCUAGUCUCACCAAGGUAGCAUGCAGUGUUGUGACCCCGGAGCUUGUGGUGUCCACGUCUAUGGACAACACUUUGAAGCUCUGGCAGAUGACGACAGGCAAACUACUCGCGUCUGAGACGCUGCUUCCCGGCGUCGAGGUGUCUCUAGAGCCUCUGGACGAGGAAGCUAGUGACGACAGUGGCCGUCAAGCGGCCAAGAGUCUGAUCAAUGUGUCGCUUACCGUUUGCCCCAAGACGAACAUCGUGGCCGUGCUCGUGAACUACCAACACGUGCGGUUCUUCGAGAUCGUGGCGGACACCCUAAAGGAACUCGAGAUUUCUAACGAGGACGUGCAGACCUUGCUAGCAGACGAGCCGUGUGAGCUGCUGUUCACGGAGAACGGAGUGCUGGCCGUGUCGUACAAGAAGGAUCCUUAUCUGCAGUUGUUCUCGGUCUCUAAGGAGAGCAAGAGAUUGUCGCCGGUUAUUACUGCGAGUGCUGCGUUCAAUGACUUCCGGGACGUCGCUGCGACGAUAGAAUUGGUUGAUGAGGAGGAGAAAGCUCUCGAUGUACUUGAGGAUGGGUUGAAGAAGAAAAAGGCUCGGACGGGCGAAUGGAACAAGAAGGUUGGAGGCUCAUGAUCAGCCUACCCUUUUAACUUUGAGAGCAGUAGCUGUAUCGUAGGGUAUCAGACGCACGAAAAGAAAACGAA